GUAUAUUAUAUAGAUACCAUUUUUAAUAUUGACAUUACGUAAUUAUUUAAAGGAAGAUACCUACAAAAAUAUUAAACUUUCAACGACAAAAAAUGUAUAUUUUACUUGAACGUUAUUUACACCUAUUUUCAUUCCGUAUUCGAUGUAUUCGCAACGUAAAUAAUAGUGCGAUAAAUUUUGCUUUGCCAGCAGGCAGUGUAAUGUAUGUUUUUAAUAGAAAUACAAAACUGCUUCAAAGGGAACGGGCCGCACAAGCACCCGAUGUAAAACUGUACGAUUAUAUUAAAGAUGAAGUAGGCUACAGACUUGCAGAUAGGGUAUUUGAUAUAAAGAGAAAUUUUAAAAAAGUGCUUGAUUUAGGAUGUGGUCGUGGUCAUGUGUCAAAGCACAUUUUACCAGAAAAUAUUGAAGAAUUAAUUUUAACCGACAUGUCCCCAACAUUUCUACAUCAAGCAGAAGUUACUGAAGGGAUUAAAGUAUCACGGAUAAAUAUGGAUGAAGAAGACUUUUCAGUUGAACCAGAUAGUUUAGAUUUAGUAAUAAGUUCACUGAGUCUUCACUGGGUAAAUGAUUUACCAGGAUGUUUUAGGAAUAUUAAUGAAAGUUUAAAAAACGAUGGGGCCUUUAUAGCAGCUAUAUUUGGUGCAGGAACAUUAUACGAAUUAAGAGGUUCCUUACAACUAGCAGAAUUAGAAAGGGAUGGUGGAAUUUCAGCACAUAUUUCACCAUUUGCAGAAAUUAGAGACAUUGGAAGCUUGUUAACAAGAGCUAAAUUUACAAUGUUAACAAUUGAUACAGAUGAAAUUGUUAUUGGUUAUCCAAGCAUGUUCGAAUUAAUGUGGGAUUUGAAAGGAAUGGCUGAGAAUAAUGCAAUAAAAAAUCGAAAAAUACGUUUAAAUAAAGAUACUCUUCUUGCAGCUGCUGCAAUAUAUAAAGAAUUAUAUGGAAAAGUUAAAGAAGAUAAUACUCUUUAUGUACCUGCUACCUUUCAAAUAAUUUAUCUAUUAGGUUGGAAGCCAGAUCCAUCACAACCUAAGCCCUUAGAGAGGGGUACUGGACAAAUAUCACUUAAAGACUUACAUAAAUUAGAUGAAAUUAUAAAAGAAACAAAGGCAAUUAAAAUAAACGAUGACAAGUAAUUGCUAUA